CGCUUGUUGGGUCCCCACCCCUUAGAAAUAAGCCGGGCUGGUCACCGCCCUCGCACACAAGUCAACUCCGGGGAGGCAGCAUCGGCGCGGCGGCGGGGGUGCAGCCGAGGCUGGAGCCCGGCCCCGGGCUGGGCCCAGGGGCGGGCGGGCGAGCAGCAGGCGAAGCCGAGUCAGCGAACGCGGCACAGCCCCGGCAUAGCCUGGGGCUGCCCGUGCCGGCCGCGCCAUUGUUGGGGGAGGGGACGGCUGCUGAGCAACGAGAAGUCGGGAGCGAGGGAAGGCUCAGGCGGCGGCGAGGAGCGGAGGCGCGCCAUGGGUAACACGCUGAGCUGUUGCGUGUCCCCCAAUGCCAGCCCCAAGCUGGGCAGGCGCUCGGGGCCGGCGGAGGAGGACUACGAGUCUGAGGUCUGUGUGGCUGCGGCCGGGGACACGGUGGCUGUAGCGCCAGCGCCGGCGCCUGCUGCAGGGGAGCCCGCGGAGUUGGAUAUCGGAGCCGGCGAGGGACACCACCUGCAGCACAUCAGCGACAGAGAGAUGCCCGAAGAUUUAGCUUUGGAAUCAAACCCUUCUGACCAUCCAGGGCCAAGCACAAUUUUCCUGAGCAAAUCUCAAACGGAUGUGCGAGAAAAGAGGAAGAGCAGCCAUUUAAACCAUGUAUCUCCAAGGCAGCUUACUAAAAAGUAUAGCUCAUGCUCAACCAUAUUUCUAGAUGACAGCACAGUCAGCCAGCCUAAUCUUAGAACCACAGUAAAAUGUGUGACUUUAGCAAUAUAUUACCACAUAAAGAACAGAGAUGCAGAUAGAUCCCUGGAUAUUUUUGAUGAGCGAUCACAUCCACUCACACGAGAAAAGGUUCCAGAGGAAUACUUUGAGCAUGACCCUGAGCACAAACUUAUUUACAGAUUUGUUCGUACUCUCUUUAGUGCUGCACAGCUAACAGCUGAAUGUGCAAUAGUAACUUUGGUUUACUUAGAAAGGCUUUUAACUUAUGCUGAGAUCGACAUUUGUCCCACUAACUGGAAAAGAAUUGUCUUGGGAGCCAUUCUUCUUGCCUCCAAGGUUUGGGACGAUCAGGCUGUAUGGAAUGUGGACUACUGCCAGAUCCUCAAGGACAUUACAGUUGAGGACAUGAAUGAGAUGGAAAGGCAAUUUUUGGAGCUACUUCAAUUUAAUAUUAAUGUUCCUGCCAGUGUGUAUGCCAAAUACUACUUUGACCUUCGUUCUUUAGCAGAUGACAACAACCUGUGUUUUCUAUUUGCUCCUCUUAGCAAGGAAAGAGCACAGAACCUAGAGGCUAUUUCCAGAUUGUGUGACAACAAAUACAAUGACUUGUGCAGAGCUGCUAUGAGAAGGUCUUUAAGCGCUGAUAAUUUCAUUGGCAUUCAGCACUCUAAAGCCAUCCUCUCUUAAAGGGAGAAAGGAGGGGUUAUAACAUCAUGAAUCCCUCAUCUACAAAGGCUGGAGAAAUAUCACCUCUCCUGCUCAAAAACCAGCAAGUUAGUAUUUUUACCAAAAGGAAAGACAUCGAAUUCAAGAGACUCAUGGACAACGAGGAUUACACUCCAUAGGAAAGAAUGGGACAUUGUCAAUGCAACAACACACUCUUCUGUCCUUUUUAAUGUAAACAGUUACAAGAACCACUCCAAAGCAAAAGCUCCCAACCCACACACAGAUAUUGCAGGUCAAUAGCUGUGAACUAUGUGAGGUUUUUUAAAUUAAUUGUUUAAAUUUUUUAAAAGACAAAACCCCUAAAAACCAAAAAAUAUAUAAGUUUUUAGGCCUUAAGGACACUAUAAAGAAAAAAAAAAAUAUGUAACAACAAAAAAACAACAAUAAAGACCCUCCCAGCAGCUGCCAGAACUCAUUUGUUCUGGGGAGGGCUCUGUGAAUUCCACCGAUUCCUUGCCUUUUGGUUGGAAGAAAAGCAAUCUAUACUUUUAUAACUUCUAUAUUUUUCCUAUUUUUCUUGCCCCCUUCCCCCAGCAUUGCUGCAUAUGCCUUUAAAAUCAAAGUAGUAUUACCCUUAAAACAUGGGACUCUUAACAACCUGUAUAGCCACAUAGGAGCAGACCGUAGCAACAUUAGGUAUUGAAGGGUUCUUCCUACUGUAUCAUUGAAGCGGCUAGUCAUUGGCAAUCAUUUUAAAUCAAAAAGCUGCUGGAUAACACUCCAUCACUCAUAAUCUUUGCAAGCACUACUUACUAGUAUUUGAGCAUGUUUGUAGUCAUAAACAGAGAAAUUAUCAGUUACCAAGUUUCUACUUCUGUUGGGUCCAUGCUGCAUUUCUUGUGAAUUAUAAUGGUGCUUCUCAACUUUCAUAAUUUGCCAAUAAAUAUAUUAAAAGAUAUUUUCAUAAUGCCAACCAACAUGGUGGUCCAAUGAAAACAAGAAGAUAGAAAAAUACAAGGUGUCCUGAAAGUUUUGGUGCAGUUUUAAGCUUUAAUAUAGUGUUCUUGGGCCCUCCAUGGCACUGCAGCAGAAGUAUUUGACAGAACAUCGUUUGAAAGCUUAUUUAUAUUUUACUUUCUUAGUUUUGUAAAUUUUGAUUAAGCUUUUAAUUUUAAUCUUUUGUUGCAGUCAGGGUCUGAACUAAGACUGAAACAAGAACAAGCUUCAAUGAUACAGUAGGAGGAACCCUUCAAUACCUAAUGUUGCUACAGUCUGCUCCUACGUGGCUGUACGGGUUGUUGAGUCCCAUGUUUUAAGGGUAAUACUGCAUUGAUUUUAAAGGCAUAUGCAGCAAUGCUGGGGGAAGGGGAGAAGAAAAAUAGAAAAAACAUAAAAGUUAGGGCCGAGCCCGUGGCGCACUUGGUAGAGUGCUGCGCUGGCAGCGCGGCGACGCUCCCGCCGCGGGUUCGGAUCCUAUAUAGGACUGACCGGUGCACUCACUGGCUGAGUGCCAGUCAUGAAGAAACGACAAAAAAAAAAAAAAAAAAACAUAAAAGUUAUAUAGCUAAAAAUUAUAUAGAUUGAUUUUUUUCCAAAAUUAAAAUUAAGCUUUUAAUUUUAAUCUUUUGUUUCAGUCCCUCUUGAAGAUAGCAGACCUUGACUGCAACAAAAGAUUAAAAUUAAAAGCUUAAUCUUCAAAAUUUGCAAAACUAAGUUUCAAAGAAAUGCAAUUAACUUUCACACGAUGUUUUAUAAGUUUUUAGCAUUUAUACUUCUACAAGUAUCAAAGCUUAAAAUUGCACUAGGACUUUUCGGAUACCUUGUACUUCCAUAGAAGUGCCCUCCUCCUUUUAAAGUAGUUCUUUGCAGGGCUGUGCUCUGUUUAUCUGCUUUGAUCACCUAAAUUUCUUUUCUCUAGAUUUGGUAAAGGAAGAUAUGAAAAGCAGUAUUAAUUCACAUGUAAUAAAUUGAAAGGAAUUGGACCCUAAUAGUAUAAGGUAUCUUUUUUAUCCUACAUGUUAACCUGGCUAUAGCUGCCCCAUCUCAAGUACUACUUAAGAGGGAACUUACUUAAAUCUUAAGAACCCUUACUUCAGGCUUUAAAGGGCAGGGAGUAAAUGAUUCCAGGAGAUUCAUAACAAUGUCACCUAAAUUUGAAAUAUUACAAAAGAGUAGUGUUCUCAACUAUAUGAAAUCUCUUUCCCCUACCAUCUCAAAUGUAGUCCUGGCAAUCUUGCCUGUAAACAGAACAAAGCAUUUCUGGGCCAGGAAUACCUUCUCUCAAUAUAGCAAAGCUUCACUUUAUAUUGGGUGCUGCAGGUUCCAAAAUUUUUAAAGGACAAAAGUAAAUGACAAAUAAUGGAAUAUAAAAUAUUACAAUCUACCACCUCAAAAAAACAUUGUUUAUGGAGUUCAGAGCUUGGAGAUUGAAGUAUUGAUUGCUGUUUUAUUUUGAAAAGAAUACUACAACUUAAUGUGGUUUCAAGUAUU